UCAAGUUAGUAACUUAUCAGGCGAGUACCAUAUCAGACUUAGACCACUACGAGCCUUAAGUAUAAGCUCUAUCACAAUGGCGUGUGAUUUGCUUGGAAGUCUUUUUCUUAUUGUUGCUGUCGUGCAAAGCGCCGUCGGAUUACAACCCAAAGAAGUUUGCCUGUUACAAGUUGAAGAAGGAACGUGCAAUGACGACAUCCAGCGUUAUUACUACAACACAAUCACUCAACAGUGUGAAGAAUUCAGCUAUAGCGGUUGUGAGGGAAACGCAAACAACUUCAAGUCCUUUUUGGAAUGUCAGAAAACAUGCUUCAGGAUUCCAAAAAUCCCCCAGAUCUGUCGUUUUCAAAAGAAAGAGGGGCCCUGCCGGGGCCUUUUCAAGCGUUAUUUCUUCAAUAUGACCUCCAUGCAGUGUGAACCCUUCACUUAUGGUGGUUGCCAAGGGAAUGAAAACCAAUUUCAAAACCUUCAGGAAUGUAUUGAAUAUUGCAGACCUUCUAAAACAAUCCCUGUGAUUUGCAAUGAUAUUUUGGACAAAGGAAAGUGCUUAGCUUCCAUCCCAAGAUAUUACUACAACUCUGCUACAAAGACAUGCGAGGAGUUCAUAUACACAGGAUGCGGAGGAAGCAACAAUAACUUCAUCUCUAAACGAAGCUGUAUGGAUGUUUGUGCUAAUAAUGGUAUCAAACGUUGGAGUCCUAAUAAAAAGUCUGUAAGAGUUUCCAAACAAUACCUAAGAAGAGUAAAGUCCCAGCCACCAAAGGAGAAGUCAGCCAAAUAAUGGUUUAUGAAGUCAUUGGCUCUGAGUCUGUAUUACUGACAAACACCAUUGCACUGAUUUUACAGUAUUGGAAUUGAAGGCAGCAGUUCAUACAC